AAACAAAAAAAAAUGACUGCUGCCCACGCUGCCAAGAAGAGCUUCUGGAACAUCUGGUACAAGACCGAGAUUAUCCCCAUCUACAUCACUGUUGGUGGUGCCUGUGGUCUUGCUGGCUGGUACCUCACCCGUCUUGCUCGUGGCCCUGAAGUUGUCUGGGAUCGCAAGAGCAACCCCUACCCCUGGCAAAACAUUGACCAGGACACUCAGGUCAAGUUGAUGACUGUCAACCAGAAGUUUGAGAAGACUUACUCCCGUGACCGCUUCUAAAGACAAUCACCGUUAAACCGAAAAAAAAAUAACAGAAAAAAAAAUCUCCUAUUUUGGCGGUUUUUCUUUUCUUUUUCUUUUCUUUUAUAGACGCGUUAAAUCUCACAAACAAGCACACAUAUACGCAGAAAAAAAAACGCAACUUUUCUUUCUAUUUACACCAUCAAAAAGUAUAUAAUAUCUGUAUACAUUUACUUGUAUAUUUUUUAUUUUUUAUUUUUGUUCAAAAUAUAACAUCUCUAUCACUCUUUCUGUUC